UGACGAGAGAGAGAGAGAGAGAGAGGAGAGAGAACGCUUUACCUUUGCUCGAUGUAAAAGACCAGGAAGCCCAAGUCUUAUUCCGUUUUAUGAUGUUUCUGUCGGUUUCUUCACUGUCACUCUCUCGUCGCCAUUGCCUUUUCUUCCUUCACCUCAACCAGAUUCCUUAAAACUAUACAAAAUACACCACUCAACUGUUUUGACUCAUUCAAACUGAAUGGUUGAACUACUGACCCAGAAACCAGAGGGAGGGAAAGCGGUUCUGUUUCCAGGGUUCAUCCACCAUGGCUGAUACUCAAUCAGUUGCAACACUCAUAGACAGUGCAACCUCUAAAAUACAGCAGCUUCAACAGGCAUUUGCUGAGCUUGAAAGCCACCGUGCUAUAACCCUGAACCUGAAAUGGAAAGAACUUGAAGAACACUUCCAUGGGCUUGAAAGGUCCUUAAAGCAACGGUUCAAUGAGUUGGAGGAUCAGGAGAAGAAGUAUGAGAGCAAGGUGUCAGAGGCCCAAGAAAUGUUGGAGAAGCGGAAAGCUGCAGUUGUGGCAAAGGAACAAGCCUCAUUGGAGAAGCUCCAAGAGAAGAGAGAUGCUGCUCUCUUUGCCAUUGGAAUUGUUGUUGACAAGUACAAGAAUGCAUUGACUUCUGAACCUGCUAUUGUUAACAUUGAGGAAAGUGGUGGUGCUGAUGCAGUUGUGGAAGAGAAACCACCUGAUGCCAACUCUACUUCAGUUGACAUAGAAGAUGUGCAAAACCCUUCCAAUAAUGGAGAUAUGGAAGAAAAUCCUCCUUCCGAGCUAACUAAACUCUGUAAAGAAAUGGACUCAAAGGGACUACAUAAAUUCAUCUCAGACAACCGGAAGAACCUAGCAGCCAUUCGUGAGGAGAUUCCUAUUGCACUGAAAGCAGCAACGAAUCCAGCUCACUUGGUUUUGGACUCUUUGGAGGAUUUCUACCCUAUGGAUGUGACUACUCUAGAUGGAAAGAAGGAUGCAAACCUCUUGGGUCACCGGAGAACUUGUAUCAUGUUGUUGGAGUGUUUGAGCCAGAUGCUAGCAGACCCUGAACUGGAUGCUGUUUCUGAUGUAAUUUCGGAAGAUAUUAAAGAGAAAGCGAAGGCCAUUGCUGAGGAGUGGAAGCCAAAGUUGGAUGAUCUUGAUAUUGAUGCCAGCAGUGGGAACUCUUUGGAGGCUCAUGCAUUCCUACAACUUUUGGCCUCUUUUGGUAUUUCAUCAGACUUUAAUCAGGAAGAAAUAUCUAAGCUAAUACCAAGUGUUUCUCGUCGUCGUCAAAUGGCUGAUCUGUGUCGCUCACUUGGGUUGUCAGAAAAAAUGCCAGGUGUUAUUGAAGUAUUGUUGAACAGUGGUAGACAUAUUGAUGCUGUUAACUUGGCUUAUGCAUUUGAGCUUACUGGGCAAUUCUCACCUGUGACCUUACUGAAGAACUACUUAAAGGAGGCAAGAAAAGCUUCUUCACCUGUCAAACCUGGAAACACAUCUCCCACUGCUCAGAAUGAGGUGAAUGAGCGAGAACUCAGUGCCCUUAAGGCAGUGAUCAAAUGCAUUGAAGACCACAAGCUUGAGGAGCAGUAUCCAGUGGACCCCCUCCAUAAAAGGGUGGCCCAACUUGAGAAGGCAAAGGCUGACAAGAAGAGAGUGGCCGAAACUGCAAAACCCCAAUCCAAGAGGCCCCGUGCUAAUGGUGGGGGAUAUGGGCCCCGGGUCACUAACUUCCCUGAUAAGAGCUUCUAUACUAGAGCACCUGAUAGGUAUCCACCGUACAUGUAUGACAGGCCAUACGUCUACCCUGGACACACUGACAACCACGGUUCUUCACUUCUGGCUUCUGCCUAUAGCCUCUCUCCUAGCCAUGGCAACUACUUUGGAAAUGGGUAUCAGUACCAAGCUCCAUAUCUUCAUUAGUUCAGAUGGUAAGAGCUGAUCCUCUCUUUUUAACUGGUAGUCUUUUAACCUUUGGGAGAUCUUUGGGUGUUGCUAUGUAUUAAAAAUCUAUCUAAAGAAAAUGAUAAACAAAAGUCUCUGUUUAUUGUAUCCUGACUUCUUUCAAGUCAUUCCUAACAUAUGCACUUUGCUUGAUAUUUUAUACUUUCGUCUUAAUCUUCUGUACAUCAAUAAGUUUCAUUUCC